AACCCCUUGGUGGCCGUGUACUACACCAACCGGGCCCUCUGCUACCUGAAGAUGCAGCAGCACGACAAGGCGCUGGCCGACUGCAAGCGCGCGCUGGAGCUGGACGGGCAGUCGGUGAAGGCUCACUUCUUCCUGGGCCAGUGCCAGAUGGAGAUGGAGAACUACGACGAGGCCAUCGCCAACCUGCAGAGAGCCUACAACCUCGCCAAGGAGCAGCGGCUGAAUUUUGGGGACGACAUCCCCAGCGCGUUGCGCAUCGCCAAGAAGAAACGUUGGAACAGCAUCGAGGAGAAGAGGAUCAACCAGGAGAACGAGCUGCACUCCUACCUGACCAAGCUGAUCGUGGCGGAGAAGGAGAGGGAGCUGGCCGAGUGCCGAAAGACUCAGCAAGAAGAGAACGCGGAUGAGAGCCGGGGCCGAGUUCAGCUGGCCACCAUCGAGGCCAAGCACGACAAAUACCUGGCGGACAUGGACGAGCUCUUCUCUCAGGUGGAUGAGAAGAGGAAGAAGCGGGACAUCCCUGACUACCUGUGCGGGAAGAUCAGUUUUGAGCUGAUGCGGGAGCCCUGCAUCACGCCCAGCGGCAUCACCUACGACAGGAAGGACAUCGAGGAGCAUCUCCAG